AUGACAGAGCACCAAGAAAACAAUAUCUACGAUGCACUUACACCGAUCAUUCAUACGUUCUCCCCAGGCAUUUUGCAGCUGAUUCGACUUAUCUCAUUUAUGCUUGGAAUUGACCUGCUUUCCUACUCUGUUCACGUCUGCCUUCUGUUGGCCAUGCCUGCACUUUUGACAUUCAUCUUUCCAAGGACUUUCGCGGCUCUAAAACCAUGCUUUGAAGUAUUCAUCUCCUCCGCUGAAAUAAAAUAUCGCAACAACCUGUACCCUCAAAUCACGAAGUGGAUGUCGACUGUCGAAUUCCACAGUUUGUCAAGCUCUCGGAUCGUCGGAACUAACGAUCCGUUCGGAUAUCUUUGGGACAUUGACAUUGCGCCUGAGUUUGCGGAUAUCGAUGAUCCAGUGUAUCAUGGAAAAGUGAUAAAAGUUCGCUACACCCCAGGACAGAGUUGUCUUCAUUUCUUUCGAUUUCAAAACCAUUGGUUUGCCCUAUAUCGCGAUCCGCAGGAUAGUCGCAAUGAUCCGUUUAGCCGGAAUUCCGAGAAUAUCAUACUGUAUUAUUUCUCAUGGAGCAAAGGCGCCCUUACGGAUCUCAUGGAAACCAUUCAAAAGGUCAACAUUGAUUCCCAAAGCGGAAAAGUGAGGAUUAUGAAUGGAUAUCAGUCAAAGGCAGACGUGCAAUGGCGAAAAAUGAGUGAAGAAAACGGACGAAUGCUGGAAAGUCUAGCAUUGGACAAAAGUAUGAAACAAGACAUCGUGUCGGAUAUGGAGUUAUUUCUCAGUAAAGAUGUCAUUGCAUCAUAUCGCAGACGCGGUGUUCCUUAUCGGCGAAGCUAUCUCCUUCAUGGCGCUCCGGGAACUGGCAAAACCAGCCUCUGCCGCGCACUUGCUGCUAAGUUUGGACUUUCUAUCUACACAAUCAACCUCGCCACUGUUGACAGUUACGGUCUUCAAGAACUAUUUCGCACACUACCAUCCGCUCCUGAACGCUGCCUGGUUCUUCUUGAGGAUAUAGACAGUGCAGGGAUCAAAAGACAAGUAAGUACAGUGGACGUAGGCACAAUGGAGCCGACAUCCCAUCAGAGGGGGGUAACUCUAGGAACUGUUUUGAACGUUUUGGAUGGGAUCGGUACCAAAGAAGGUCAUUUGUUUGUGGCCACGACAAACGUCAUAGCAGAACUUGACCCUGCUCUGACUCGACCUGGUCGAAUGGACCGAAAAUUUGAAUUUGGAAAUCCUGAUGCAUCAACCAUAACAGAAUAUUUCUGUCACUUUUUUGACGAUUCAAAAGAAAAUGUUGUUAAGCUGGCCACCGAAUUUGCGAACGAAGUUCCUCAUAGAAGGGUUACACCAGCUGCUCUUCAAGAAUACUUUUUGCAGUGUAGCGAUGACCCAUUCAAGGCAGUGGCUAAUGUAUCUAAUUUGCAUUAA